GCUGACACGGUUAGAUUAGAUUAUCGCGUUAACACCAACUUCCAAAACGAAAAGGCAAAUGCUAAAGGCUUCAUCGUCUCUCUCUCUCUACAGUGAAGUGGUAGUUCAGGAGAGCCCUAGGGUUUUAGCUUCCAAUGGUGGAGAGGAGGAAGCCUUUGGUGCUCUCUACGACCAAGCUCCUUGUAAGUUCCGUAUUGAGUUCGUCGCAACUCGUUGAAGUAGACCGAGUCCGAGUCGUCGCCGGAAACGAGCGGCUCGGCGAUGACGUGUCCGGGGACUUAAAGCUACAGGCAGGAAUUCUCCGGUUCUCGACGGACAGAGACGUCAUUUCGGACCUCAAAUUGAAUUCCCUCGACGACGCUGCUUUGGUCGGGCUCUCUACCUCUGCUCUCAAACGGCUGUCCAUGACUUCGGGCUCACUGGAAGUGAAAGGCUCACCAGUUGAAUCAGUUUCUUCAUCACCUAUGAGAACUUCUAAUCGAGAAAAGCUUACAUCAGCAAGUAGGGACCUCAAGGGGAAAGAUGACCUUCCGGAUACUGGUCUCUUUGCCGUAGGUAGUCCAAGAAGAUGCUCAGAUGCUGAAGAUGAUGAUGGGAGUGAUCGAUCUGGGACAGCAAGGAAGGACCAAACAUUCAAUGUGGCUUAUCACAGGUCCCUUGGGUCCUCUGAGCUUGACUUUCAAGACAGGGACUUUACUCAUGUAUCAGAUGGUAAAGCUAGAGCUCAGAUUGUGCCUUCUUCUAAUAUUGCAAAUGGCCAUCUUACAAAUGGUGGGGUAUAUAAUUUAGGCCAGGAUACUCCAUAUCCUAGUAAACCACAGUCUUCAAGUCAAUGCCAUGAUGAUGAAAGACAGACUGACAGCCAUCCUCGUACUAAUGAGUCUCGUCCAAGGAAGUCUGGGAAGGGGUCCUCUUCACGGAUGAAGGACAAAAACCGGAGUUUUAAAACUGACUUUGAUAUGGGGAAGGUUAAGAUUUCUGAUUCUCUCUGUGACCUUCAAGACCACUCUCCUUCCCAUGAAGUAAAACCGAGGGAUGGUAAAAACCAGUUGCAGGAGAAGUCUGGAAUCAAGUCAGAUGAAGCUGAGAACAAAUAUGUCAGUAAGAAAGAUCUUGCAGGAAAACUGUCAACUGAGAGUAGCAAAAGAGAGAGCCAGUUAAAGCUUGGAGAGCAUGAUGGUCCACACAUCAAAGUAGAAUCUACCUGCCGACCAGAUGCAUCGUCUACAACAAAGCAAAAUCUGCUGCAAGACUGUGAUGGUGAAAGAUCUUCAAAGAGGUUCCCUUCUGACAAAACUGAUCAAGUUGGGCUAAUUUCUGGGAGAGGGAAGUCACUACCGCUACCACCGUCUGGAGGACCUCAAAUUGAAACACUGAACCGUUGUCCCAGACCAGUUACUGGGUCCCAAAAUGGAAAUGGAGUAGAUAGUUCAGCAGUUGAUGCCUCUGAAGGUGAUGAUGCGUUUAAGCUGCGAAAACAAAUAAGAAAGGCUGAUCAGCAGAAUGGAACUCAACACAGUAGUUCAAGACAUCCCACACCGAAUGGGCCGAAGGCCAGGGAACUUGAUGCCCCUAGUCCUGCUAGAAGAGAUUCCUCCAGCCAGGCUGCUAACAAUGCUCUGAAAGAAGCUAAAGAUCUAAAACACCUGGCUGAUCGUCUUAAGAACUCUGGGUCAAAUCUUGAGAGUACGGGACUUUACUUUGAGGCGGCCCUCUAGUUUCUUUAUGGAGCCUAUCUGUUGGAGUCUGGGCACUCUGAGAGUUCCAAACAUAGUGAGAUGAUUCAAUCGAAGCAAGUGUAUAGUAGAACUGCAAAACUAUGCGAGUUUUGUGCCCAUGAAUAUGAGAAAUCCAAACACAUGGCUGCUGCUGCUCUGGCCUACAAAUGCAUGGAGGUGGCUUAUAUGAGGGUAGUUUAUUUCUCACAUAGUAGUGCAAGUAGAGAUCGCCACGAGUUGCAAACUGCUCUACAAAUGGUUCCUCCUGGUGAGUCUCCUUCUUCAUCUGCCUCUGAUCUUGACAACUUAAACAACCCCACCACAGUGGACAAGGUUACCUUAUCAAAGGGUGUUAGCUCUCCCUAAGUUGCUGGAAACCAUGUCAUUGCUGCCCAAAGCCGUCCCAACUUUGUGCGGUUGCUCAGCUUUGCACAGGAUGUAAAUUUUGCAAUGGAAGCCUCAAGGAAAUCACGAAUUGCUUUUGCAGCUACUAAUGUAAGCUUAGGUGAGACCAAAUGUGGGGAGAGUAUCUCUUCCAUUAAAAGGGCUCUUGAUUUUAACUUCCAAGAUGUUGAGGGAUGUCUACGUUUGGUACGGCUUGCAAUGGAGGCCAUUAGCCGUUAAAGAAUCAAAAGUGGUUAUGGAGACAAUUCAACCCUGAGAAGAAAUUAAUUUUGGUUGGUGUGUCCUGUGUAUUAAGCCUUUAAGGAACAAAGAAAAAGAGGCUGACCUGGAUCUCUCUGCCACACUGCAUGAUAGUUCUCGAGAGACUAGUCAUCACCAACUUGCAAAGUUAGUGCACUCUAUACAUUUUUGUGAUGCAAGAUGAGUAAUGGCAUCUUGAAAUGAACCAUUUAAGGGCCGUAUCUGCUUUCUGAAUUGGACAAGGGACAAAUUGAGGAAGUGUGAAUCAGUUAAGGUUCUGCCAAAGCGAUUCUGCAAUUUUUUAUGUAAGUGGAUAUAUGAUCCUUCAGGAUUGUGGUUGAAGAUUUAAAAGUUGGGGUGUUUGAAUUUUGAUACCGAAACUUCAAUUGGCCUCAUUUUUCAUCUAAGGAAGUUAUAGUUUUUCUGUCCUCUCAAUUUGAUGUUUACUUUGGUUGGAGACAACUUGAAGCAUGGGGAGCUGCCCCAAUGUGCUCGAAUUUUGUGAUAUUGGUUUACCAGCACUGACACUUUAGAGUAUAGAGCAUAAAAGAAAUGGCAGUCUCAUGUGGUCUUCUAUAGUUUAUAUUAUUGUAGAUGGGAACAAUGUUCUCUUUGUUGUUGAUAGAUACAAGCAGGAAUAAGUCAGCCAAAAUUAUAUACAAGAAAGUAAUUACAGUAAUAACAACCAUGCAGCUUUUUGAACUGCAUUCAUCAAGUGUUUUCCUUUAGAGUGUCUAUAUUUGUAAAUAUGCAAAUCAUUGAUUCGCAUUCAUAUCAAAACAGCUCAAGUUUCUUUUUUCAAAAGGGCUGGAGGCAGUGUAAUACCAUGCCAUCAGCUAGUACAUUUGGAUCUAACAGUAACAGGUGAAGUUACUCUUUUCACCCCCUAAUUAAACUUGAUGAAGACAUGAAACUUCAAUUCAUAUGUCUAUGAAAUACUUAUUUCCUCCCAAUUGAUUAGUGUCAAGAGAGUUACUUAUUACGGGUUUAAA